AUACGUAUAUGAAAUUUUAUCAUUACUACUUAAGUGUCGUGGCUCUUCCAUGCAAAUAUUAAAUAGAAACAGUCUUUAAAUUGCUCGCUUCUUAGUUUUAGAAAUAGUGGGUCUGGUAAUCGUGCUUUAUUGUGAAUUGCUAUCAUGCUUGUUGAACUUUGCUGUCAGCUGUUUCAGGACUUGUACUGUAUUUGACCUCUAGAGUCUAGAUGAGUAGGUCACUAUUAAACACAAAAUUUUCUACUUCUGACUUAGUACUUCAUACAGUUUUUUUAAAGUUUAUUUUGAGAGAGGGCACAUGCAGACGCAUGCACAAGUUGGGGUGGGUCAGAGAGAGAGAGGGAGCUUGGUCCACACACUGCAAGAUCAUGAACCGAGCUGAAAUCAAGAGUCAGAUGCUCCCCCGACUAAGCCACCCAGGUGCCCCAGUACUUCAUACAAUUUAAGGCAUAUAAUCUGAGGUUUCGGCUUUGCUCUUUGAUUGGAGUAUGUCCUGCUGAGAAUUUAGUAGACUCUGUGGAUUAACUGUCUUCAUAGCACUUUCAACAUCCUUUAGUAAUAAAGUAGUCAGGAGCAGGGGCAGACACAUCUGGUUUUUUAUCCCCAGUCAGUCAGUAGCUAUCCUGUAUAUUGGGGAAGUUAAUGGUUCCUGUGUGUAGAUUGUUGUAAGAAUGAACUCAGGUAACGUACGUUGAUAGCUUAGCACAGAACCUGCCACGCACACAGCAGCACAUGAUACUGCCCUGGCAGUUACUUUGAGUGUACUUGGGUUUGAGUGAAGAGUGAUGGUGCCCUCACAGAUUUCCCGGAAACCCAGUUGGAGGGAGAUUUGUUACCUCAGCCAUCCAAGGACCAGGUCUUCAACACCUGCCUUCCUUCACCUGCUCCUCUGAACCUUUUAUAUGAAAGGCUUUGAAGGGAGCUUAUUCUUAUCGACCACCUCAUUCUGUGAUCUUAACCUUCUUGGUUUUGUGGACUCUGAAAAUCUGGUAGUGUGGCCUGCAGAUUUGCAUGCACUCAGCCUUGUGCAUGUGGCCUCCCAGACAAGGCCCUCAUCUUUGAAGUGGGUAGAAAAUCUAGAUUAGUCGAAGCUUUCUCUGUGUGAGGCAUUGUACUUAGGAUACCUGUUUAUGGGGUUUCAGAACUUAGCACGAAUUGAGUUUUUCAAAGAAACUAAGGAAUCGUAAAAAAAGUAAGAAUCACUAUAAACACAUUUUACCCCUGAGGAGUAGUAGGAAAACCUUUGCACUAAACUGCGGAGAAACAGUUUCUCUGAGAUUUGUAGGCUUUGUAAGGGGACUCUCUACCAGUUAGCACAAAGGAACUGGCUGCCUACCGCCUGCUCACGGAAAAAGGAUGCGGCCCAUCUGGCCCAGGUGUGUCUGGCAGGACCUGAUGUCUGUGUCUUGGUUAUUGAGGAACAUGGGCCAUCUGUGCAUAGAGAUGCUGGUGCCAGCCUGUCACGAGCCUGCCGUGUUCUCGGUAGGGUGGGCGCUCCAACGUGUGUUGUGGGUGCUGAUUGUCGGCAUCACAGCCUAAGACCACAACAGAUAAGGGCCUUGUUUUCACAGAUGGAGUUGCAGUUAUUUACUGGAGAUGAGGUAUAAAUGAACAGUUUGUGUUGUCACUUCGUAAAACUCGGGAGCAAAGAAAAGAUCUGAAAACAGGUAAAAGGAAUGCUCCAGUAGCAGAUUAAAUUCAUCUUGCUGUAAUGUUUUCAAAGGACACUUGACAUUGGGAAUAUUUCUUUAUGAAGCAGAGCAGCGGUUCAAGUUUCGUAGAACUGAUGCCAUGGACCGCCUGUGCACACCCCUCUCAUUGACAUCGUAGCAUCCCCGUCUCGCUGUCACUUAUAAGCCCGUGUGGUCCUAAGGAUCGUCUUGUCGUGGAUAGUUGUUAUUUCUAUUGAGCGUGGAAUGAUAAAGAAUUUUAAACUAAUUCCAACACUACAUUGAGGUUUUACACUUCACAUAACAUUUUACAUGAAAGUACAGCCCAAAGAACUUACAGUAAUUUCAGUAAUUUUCUAAAUAGAAACAGAUGUCUCUGGAAAGCAAAAUAGGAUUUGAGGCAAGUCUUUGAUCUGCUGUUUGAUAAACGUGUAGGAGUUUAUGGUCUCGAGUGAGGUAAUUGAAACGCGGCUCCUGUGUGUGAGUCCUUAGCUCUGGUAGCCCCACGCAGUUUAGCUGGGAAACCAGGCCAAGCCUCCCUGGGAAGCGGGCGGAGGCAGUCACAGCAUCUCUAGAAGAGGCAGGCCUGCGGAGGGUGUUGAUGAUGGUGUCGUUUACUUAGAAAUCUAGAACGAGGAACACAUCUACAGUGAAGUAGUUCUGGCUGUCCCCAAAUAGGUGCUCAGCACGUGCUUUUCGGUCCUUUCUGUCGCCAGUGUGGCUGGUUGGCUUCAGCGGGGAAGGGCAGAAGGGAAGGCAACCUCACAAGAAAUUGCUACGUUGAACCACAGCUGAAGACCUGCCUGAAGGCCUGGUACUCUGGAGUGGCAGCCACCUGUUGCAUUCCUGGUCUCUACUUUGCUAUAAUGUGAAGAAAUGGCAGAAUACAGCCUGCGGAUGAGUUACACGUGUUCCCUAGUCCCAGUCUAGCAAGCCUUGCAACCCUCCCCAGCCAGCCCCAAAUGUCUUAGUUCUUGGCGGAAAGUAUAGUCCCUUUGGUACUACAGUUCCACUCGGGUCAGGUAGGCCUCUCCAGGCAACAUGUCGUCUGGAUUUAAGCAACCUUUGCCAACGCUUCUCUUUGCCAAAUCUCUCUUCUUGAGCGUCGUCCUUUUUCUUAAUUCUGGAAAGUUGCCAUCCCUUCGGUUUGGUCCCAGAAUGGAUUCAAGCUGACUGAUGUAGAAACUGUUGUUUCAGUUCCUUCUAGCCCACCGUCACGGUCCAGGCGCAUUGAAUCUGUGGUGAGAAGGAGUGGGCAGCUCCGGCCUGUGGACACAGAGGAACAGGGAGAACCUGCCAUGGCCUCUCCUGUGGAACAGUGUGGCGGGGACAGUGCAGUGACCACGGCCUCCAACGAGGACCCAGUUGCUGCUGGGCCCCAUUCAGUGAUGUAUUCCUCAGGGCCAGGCACGACAGUAUACAGGCCCUACUCGUGGAGGACUGUAAUCAGUAUUCAUUUGGGAGAUAGUGUGAGAGGAGCCAAAUGAGGAAACGCAUCUGCCGGCUGGUUUGGGGCAAAAGAGGAAGGCAGGAGGGAGAGGUUCAUUUUCCAGACACUGAGAGAGCAGAAUGGCUAAAUAAGACCGUAAAACACAUGUGGCCUUUUAUUUGCCAGUUUAUAGAGAAGUUGUUUCGAGAAACCAUAGAGCCAGCUGUGCGAGGAGCAAACACCCACCUCAGCACCUUUAGUUUCACAAAAGUUGAUGUGGGUCAGCAGCCACUCAGGAUCAAUGGUGUGAAGGUGUACACUGAAAAUGUGGACAAAAGGCAAAUUAUUUUGGACCUUCAAAUUAGUUUUGUAGGAAACUGUGAGAUUGAUUUGGAGAUCAAGCGAUAUUUUUGUAGAGCUGGUGUGCAAAGUAUACAGAUUCAUGGUACCAUGCGGGUGAUCCUGGAACCAUUGAUUGGAGACAUGCCCUUAGUGGGAGCCUUGUCUAUCUUCUUCCUUAGGAAGCCACUGAUAGAAAUUAAUUGGACAGGACUGACUAAUCUUCUCGAUAUCCCUGGAUUAAAUGGUCUGUCAGAUACCAUCAUUCUGGAUAUAAUAUCAAACUAUCUGGUGCUUCCCAAUCGGAUCACCGUUCCUCUUGUCAGUGAAGUUCAAAUAGCACAGUUGCGGUUUCCUAUACCAAAGGGUGUCCUAAGGAUACAUUUUAUCGAAGCUCAGGACCUUCAGGGGAAAGAUACUUACCUUAAGGGACUCGUCAAGGGAAAGUCGGACCCCUAUGGGAUUAUUCGAGUCGGCAACCAGAUCUUCCAAAGCAAAGUCAUCAAAGAGAACCUCAGUCCGAAGUGGAACGAGGUAUACGAGGCUUUAGUCUAUGAACAUCCCGGACAGGAAUUAGAGAUUGAGCUCUUUGACGAAGACCCGGACAAGGAUGACUUCUUAGGAAGUCUUAUGAUUGAUCUUAUUGAAGUUGAAAAGGAGCGCCUUUUAGAUGAAUGGUUCACCCUGGACGAGGUCCCAAGAGGAAAGCUGCACUUGAAACUGGAGUGGCUCACGUUGAUGCCAAAUGCUUCAAACCUCGAUAAGGUGCUGACAGACAUCAGGGCUGACAAAGACCAAGCCAAUGAUGGUCUUUCCUCUUCGUUGCUGAUCUUGUAUUUGGAUUCAGCAAGGAACCUUCCGAGUAACCCAUUAGAAUUUAACCCUGAUGUCUUGAAGAAGUCUGCAGUUCAGAAAGCUUUAAAGUCAGGGAAGAAAAUAAACAGCAAUCCAAACCCUCUUGUCCAGAUGUCAGUUGGACACAAGGCCCAGGAGAGCAAGAUUCGGUACAAAACCAAUGAACCUGUGUGGGAAGAAAACUUCACCUUCUUCAUUCACAAUCCCAAGCGCCAGGACCUUGAAGUCGAGGUCAAAGAUGAACAGCAUCAGUGUUCUCUGGGGCACCUGAAGAUCCCUCUCAGUCAGCUGCUUACCAGCAAUGACAUGACCAUGAACCAGCGAUUUCAACUCAGUAAUUCAGGUCCAAACAGCACUCUGAAGAUGAAGAUCGCCCUCAGGAUACUCCACCUUGAAAAGCCAGAAAGGUCCCCAGACCACCAACACUCAGCUCAAGUAAAGCGACCCUCUGUCUCCAAAGAAGGGAGAGAAAUAUCUGUCAGAUCUCACGCGUCCGCAUCGCCGGGCUCCGGUGACGGCAGCACGGCCCCGUGCACACCAGUCGUCGGGGGCAGCGAUAAGCCUGGCGUGGAAGAGGGGGCCCAGCCUGUGGAGGCCAGCCCCCAAGGCCCACGCGACCUGGGCAGGAGCUCCUCCAGCCUCCAGACCAGUGCCACCUGCUCCCCCAGCCACAUCUCCGUUAAGGAGCCCACUCCAAGCAUAGCCUCAGACAUAUCCCUGCCCAUCGCCACCCAGGAGCUUCGGCAGAGGCUGCGGCAGCUAGAGAAUGGGACGACACUGGGGCAGUCGCCCCUGGGGCAGAUCCAGCUGACCAUCCGACACAGCUCGCAGAGAAACAAGCUUGUGGUGGUCGUGCACUCCUGCAGAAAUCUCAUUGCCUUCUCUGAAGAUGGCUCUGACCCCUAUGUCCGCAUGUAUUUGUUACCAGACAAGAGGAGGUCAGGAAGGAGAAAAACACACGUGUCAAAGAAAACACUGAACCCCGUGUUUGACCAGAGCUUUGAUUUCAGCGUUUCAUUACCAGAAGUACAGAGGAGGACGCUGGAUGUAGCAGUAAAGAACAGUGGUGGCUUCCUGUCCAAAGACAAAGGGCUUCUUGGCAAAGUGUUGGUCGGUCUGGCGUCCGAAGAACUGGCCAAGGGCUGGACCCAGUGGUACGACCUCACAGAAGAUGGCACGAGACCACACGUGGUGACGUAGUCCCUGCCGGGCACGAGGAGCCCCCCCCCCGCCGGUGUGCCAACCACCUUCGUGCGCUCGCAGCGCACCCUCCCACAGACGUACCAAUAUUGUUUUUAUAAUUUCAAUGUAUUUAGUUAUACAUAUCUUAAUAGUUUUAUAAAACAUGUUGACGUUUUAGGCAUAUUUGGCCAAUAUUAUCAUUAAAUUUUAUAUGUUUAAUUUCCUGUAGUAUUUGCCGGUUAUUCUAGCGUAUAAUAGGGUAGUAGUUAGUUACCGUGUCGCGUAAGGCUGUAUGUCCGUUGUAUCGACGAGGAAGCAGAUCUAUGUAUAUGCUUUACUGUUGCCUUGUUUUGUACAUCGCUGAGGUACACUCUGCCAUGUAAAUAGACUAUUUUUUAUAAUCUCUACCUGCUGGUUUGAACUCUGAAGAACAUGGAUUAAGGAAAUAUAUUUUUUUUCUAAGACUUAUUAAAUUCUUAUGACACAUAACCAUUUUGUCUUUGCAGGAAAAGUUCUCAGUGACCAAUUUUGUGGUAUUUUUCUUUUUAAAAAGAAAAGCUGAAAGAUUAAAUAUUAAAUAAGUAUAGUUCUGCCCAUCACGAAUGAAGAAAAUAUUCAAAAUAUCACCACUUUUAUAAAUAUAAAUAUGUAUUUUUGAGAAGUCAGAUGAAGUGCUUCUAAGGAAAAAUGUGUAACUGAGUAAUACAUAAUACUAAGAGGAUGUCAUGUCAUCAUGGUGCACGAACUUGAAGUUUCUUCCAUUAAAUGUCUUAAUUGCUUGAUAGAAUGUAUUCAUGAAAUAGUACACAGAUACACAGUUAUACUUCCUAAAAUACAGCCCAAAUUUUCAGUGUUAGCAGUUAGGCUAUUGUGAAAUAGUCGGUCAUAAGGUUUGUUAGUUUUCAGUGUUUUCCCAGCCUGUGAAGACAGAGACAGGCUCGCGUGGUCACCACAGAGUUUGUGGGGUGGAUCUGGGUAAGGAGGAAGUUGUUUUAAACCAACAGCUCAUUCAUUCACCUGUCAGUGUGACAUCAUAGGUUGACAGAACCCCUGAGGUGGCCUUGGCUUCCUUUUGCCCAACACAGAGGCCACUCUUGGGGCCACAGGGUUCCAGCACGGCGGCUGGUGAUUGUAAUUAACCGUUUCCGGGGUUUCCUCACUUUAUGCCGUGACUGACCUCAGUAUCGGGAUAUUGUUAUACAGUUUCUGUUUUGGAAUAUGUUUUCCUGUCUAGAUUACUAAAAGCAUGUUUUACAUCCUCGAGUCCCAGACCUCUUGGGGGUUGAGGCUCCGUGGCAGUGUCUAAGCCGUGCUCGCCUGUGAGAAACACGCACGGACUCAGAAAGAGUUUUCAGUAUGUUAAGCUGUAUGGUGCAAAUGAGUCCUUAGCUAUCAGAACAUUCUGAAAUCAUGUGUGAGGACAUUGGGGAAAUCGAGCUUUGUGGUUGAAACUGGGGAUCUUACCAUGAAUCCCUCCACGGACUCGUGGGCGGCCCGUGUGACCAAACACACCAAAGUGCCUGUGGUGGAUACUGGUUGUUACCUUGCGUACUUCUGCCUGCCAACAGAUCUUACCCUUCUUUUAGUUCACACUUUAAACCGGAGGUUUAUGUAUAAUGGAGCCUAUAGCCUCACAACACAGUUCAUGUAAUCAUAAAGACCAGUGUAAUCUCCCUGCUUCCUACUUGAUGGAACUUCACUACAAAGCCUCAUUAUAAACCAUUUCCCAUGUUAAUGUACAGGAGGAAAUGGAUGAAUAGAUUGGUGCCCACAAAACAUUUAACUGCGGUGGUGUUUUAGCAGCGCGAUAAAGGCAGGUAAUUACUUAAUAAACCUAGUCGUCGGUCCAUGGUAUUAGAUUUAUUGAAGAUUUUUUUUCAGUUGAGUCUGUCGAAGGGCCUCUGGCAUAAUCUAUAAAAAGGGAACGACCGCUCACUGGGAUUUACAAUACCAGUAAUUUUUACCAACAUCCUGAACAUCUGGGUUUUGCCUUGUGCUCACCUUGCGGUAUGUAUUCACCUUAUGCAGCGCUCUAAGCAAUUAGGCAAAAUAAGUACAAGGAAGAGUAUAAAGCCAGUGGCAGCGUGACACCCGCCUUGUGCCGCAGGGACGGAGGAGCCUGGAGAUGGACCUUGGCAGCGGGCUUCCUUCUCUUUAGAAGGAAAGGGACGAUUCUGAGGACGUAAAACAAAAAAACCUUUCCAGGUGUGAUUCUGUCCUUCACGGCCAAAUGAGCGGUCAGUGGGAAGCUGUGGUAUUCCGUGGGAAGGACUGAGAAUUCCGCUCACGGCCGGACUCCGCACUCCAGGGUCCCCAGAUCGGCAUCCCUGCUCCUUAAUGACCGAUUCGUCUAGGAAAAGGGAACGUUAACUUCUCUGUAUUGAGCCGAAUCAACGGGAGGAAAAUUAACUUACACAGAUUUGAGUUCUGUUUGUCCAUGUGGGUUGCUUCUCCUGUGCCUUAGCGUAUGGAAGUGUGACGCCGGUGUUUCCAAGUCCCAGAUCGUUGCUGUACUCACGGCAACUCUGUUCUGUGCUACGAGAUAGUGUUCGUCAGGAGGUCAGCCCUUUUUUCUUCAGGAACCGAAGCUCAGUGGAGACCAGCGUAUAUGCGUGUUUAUACUCGGGCUGUCCGCCACUGCAGAUGGAAAACGGCGGAGGGGUUGUUUUAAUUGUUAUUAGAGAAUGUCCUUUUUGAUCAACUAAUUUUACAUGACGGUGCAUGUAUUUAUUCAAUAAACUCUUACGUUAGCUCA